UUUUUGCAAGAGAGGGACUAAAUAUGGAAAGUAGUGGGGAAAACAUGAUAAGGGAUGGUCAGAAGGAAAGUGACCGAGAUUCGGAAAUUGACCUUGCAAACCCUCUGCUGUAUACUGAAGAGAAGCAAAAAGAGCCUGGAAAGGAUUGCGAGGAUGAUAAUAUGCUCCAGAACAUGUGGCCUCUGGUUGAAGAGAUCUCUAAAGCAGUUGCUGAUGAAAGCAGAGAUUCUGAGAUCAGAAAACAUCAACAAGAGCACCCUAAUAAAGCUAGUCAACCCAUCACUGGCAUUUACAAUGACAACCAUACCUACCACAACAAAGGGCACAAACGAAUCGAAAGCUUACACGUGAUUGCGCCAUCACGAAAGCAAUUCUCCGGACACCAUAAAUCUGCAAAGUCGCAAGUUCCAGAGUUCAACCCAGAUUUCGAGUUCAUGAAGAGACAUGACAAGUGAAAGAUGGACUUCUCUGUGAACGACGGCUCUAUCAAGAAGAGUCUGUCAAAGCUCGAACUUGACUCCAUGAUCAGCAGACUUCACAAGUGAGGCCAACUCUACGAUCUGAACAAGAAAUAACAGGCAAACCCAAAUGGUACAUGAGAUCAUGAGUUCACUGUCAUUUCAUCCUCGUAUCAGCCACAAGUCAAAGAGCAUCAUCAAAUCAAUGAACACAAGCAAGCACAGUCUAGGAGUGUCAAUGGAGUAUCUUCCGAUCUACCACCAACAAAGACUUGACAGCAUCGAGAGUUCAAAGCAGUCCAAACUUGACAAGUUGAAAAGAGAGCUCCAGCACAAAGAAGCCCUUAAAUAAGCACGAAGAAGACCUCAUUUUGCACAAAGUUGCUGAAAUGACAUCAGCUUCAAAGUACAACCACCAUGCUCACAUGAAGAAGAUCGGUGAUUACUGUAAAGCUUAUGAUAGAAACAAGCAAGAAUAUCAGCUCCAGAAGCAACGGCAGUAUUCAGAAAUGACUUUCAAGCCUACUGUGAACAAGAAGAGCAGACACCUUGCCAACAAAACUCUCAAGAAGCUUCCUAAUAACAAAUCAGAUGAUCCCAGGAAAAUCAAGAGGAUGGACAAACUCCGAAAAGACACUGAGCCAACGUUCAGGCCUCGCAUCAACAAACGGUCCAGGCUCAUAACCAGUAGAGCCAAGCAAGUCAAGACCAGAAUGCUGUCUCCGCGAAGAAUGGCCAACAGAGACCUCAAGUAUGUGGAUUCGGUAGAUGGUUCCAGAAACGAUGAAGUCAUUUGCAGACUCGAGUAUGAUAUUGACGAGUCUGCUCACAACCUUCUACGAAGCUUGAACCUUGCUAGUGAUGAGAAGUCUUAUGAACUCAGAAACAUGUCUGACUUGGUCCCAGCCAGAAAUACUCAGAACGAGUACCAAAUGACAUCGAGAGAUGCCUUAAACCUGUUCGGAGCUGGAGACCAAGAGUUUCAACGUCAACUUAUGCUUACUGAUCAACAACAACACCUGGAUCUCAAUGAUCGAGAAGACGAUGGAGUGGCCCAACAACACUUGGGCAACAUUCCAGAAGAAUCACAAGACCAGCCCAAACGUGGAGUUUAACCAAAGAGACCACUCUCAAGAUAUCAUCAGACAAAAACAGUAUG